UAAAUUCUUAAUUUUCUAUAUGCUGCUUUUCCUCAAGGUGGUUAAUAAUAUUAUUUAAUUAUCACCUUACCAGCCUACCUAUAUAAGAUAUGUCACAAGGAUUAGCAGAUAUCGGUCUGGUAGGAUUGGCUGUCAUGGGGCAAAAUAUUGUCCUUAAUAUGAAUGAUCAUGGUUUUAAAGUGUGUGUAUUUAAUAGAACAGUGCAAAAAGUGGAUAGGUUUUUGAACAAUGAAGCCAAGGGAACCAAUGUCAUAGGCUCUCAUUCUAUUGAAGAGUUUUUAUCUAAACUUAAAACCCCCAAAAUAGCAUGGAUUAUGGUUAAAGCUGGAAGUGCUGUAGAUGAUUUCAUCAAUAUAUUGGCACCAGCUAUGCAUAAAGGUGACAUUAUAAUAGAUGGAGGAAAUUCUGAAUAUGAUGACACCACUAGACGUGUGCAAGCCCUGAAAGAAAAAGGUAUACUUUAUGUAGGUAUGGGUGUAAGUGGAGGUGAAGACGGUGCCAGAUACGGGCCUUCCUUGAUGCCUGGAGGCAAUCCGGAUGCCUGGCCCCACAUUAAGAAAAUCAUGCAGAGCAUUUCGGCUCAAGUCGACGGAGAACCGUGUUGUGAUUGGUUAGGAAAUGACGGAGCCGGUCACUUUGUAAAAAUGGUUCACAACGGGAUAGAAUACGGAGACAUGCAAUUAAUAUCGGAAUCCUAUUGGAUGAUGAAACAAUUUCUCAAGCUUAGUAACGAAGAAAUAGGUCAGGUCUUCGAGAAAUGGAAUAAGACCGAAUUAGAUUCUUACUUAAUCGAAAUCACUUACCAAAUCAUUAACUUCAAAGACAAAAACGGAACAUGUUUGAUUGACAAAAUCAGGGAUUCUGCAGGACAGAAAGGUACGGGCAAAUGGACUAUCAUCAGUGCUUUAAACGAAGGUGUGCCCGUUACCCUUAUAGGCGAAGCAGUGUUUGCUCGUUGUCUAUCUGCCCUUAAGGACGAAAGAGUUUUGGCCAGUAAAAUAUUUCCUAAACCUAGGGUCAUCGAAUGUCAACAGAACAAGGAGGAGUUCAUUGAAUGGAUUAGAAAGGCUUUGUACGCCUCCAAGAUCAUAUCCUAUGCGCAAGGUUUCAUGUUGUUUAAAGAAACAUCUAAUAAAUACAAAUGGGAACUCAGUUACGGGAGUAUAGCUAUGAUGUGGAGAGGAGGAUGUAUCAUUAGAAGCAAAUUUUUAAAGAACAUCAAAGAUGCUUUCGUUAAAGAUCCCAAAUUGUUUAAUCUUAUGACUGAUCAAUUCUUUUUAAAGGCUUUGGAAGCUUCUCAAGAAUCCUGGAGGAAGGUAGUAGCCACAGCUGCUAUUGAGGGAAUACCUUUGCCUUGUUUCUCUGCCGCUCUUGCCUUUUACGACGGUUAUAGAAGCGAAUUUUUGCCCGCCAACUUGAUUCAGGCGCAAAGAGACUUUUUUGGGGCUCACACCUAUGAACUACUCACUAAACCCGGUCAGUUUAUCCAUACAAAUUGGACAGGCCAUGGUGGUGAUGUAUCAUCUUCAAAUUAUAACGCAUAAAAUAUUAAAAUCUCAUCGUUUCAACUUUUUAUAAAUUUUAAAUUAGAACAUAAGUCUUGAUCCAAGAAUUAAUAUUGGCAAUCUUAAAAAUUACUAUACUCUUUGUAUUAUCAAAUUGUAGGCCAUAAAAUAUCUUCCUUUAUAUUAAAAUUGCAAGUCAUUGUGAUAUAUAAUUUCAUUAUAAAUAUACACGAACUAUAUAAUU